UCAACUCACUUAGUUUUAACAACAACGCGACCGACGAAUAAUUUAAAAGAAAAAAGUUAUUUCAAGUGAACAGAAAACAAAAUUAUUUCACAAAAAAGAAUUUGUUUUGAUUUUUGGUGUUAUUGUUAUUGUUAAAUUAGCCGCUUAACGUUUUAUUUAACGAUCCGCUAAGUGUUCGGCUGAACGUGUAUUUUAAUCGAGUUAAGUGUAGUAUACUCACCUUGGGUACACAGUUUUUCCGCAAUUUAUACGUUCGCAAUAGACUGGUGAUUAAAGUGGUAUUUUGAAGAGAAAGAAAAAACUACAACAAAAUUGAAAAUAUGAAACGUUUUUCUGGAUUAUUCGUUGCAGUAUGCCUAUUCUGCGCCGUAAUUGCAUUUCCAAGUUCCAAUCUGGACGAAGACGCUGAGGUCAUCGUUGUACCGUUAGAGGCCCAGCAAGCCACAUUUAAUGAUCGUGGAAGUGCAGCAACUGAUAAUGGAUCUCCAUUCUUUUCAUUUGCUCCAUACAAUCCCUUCAGAUGGAAUUUUGGCAUUUUCGACGAAUUUCACAAUAUUGUUCGUCAACUGAGGGAACGAGUGCAUAAUGUUUGGUCGGAUACACCUGUUGACAAGUCAGAUCCCAGCGUUAAAUCAAACUCAACAUCAAGAGUCGAAUACAUAGACGGCCGUAAGGUAGUCAUCAACGACACAUUCUACACAAAGGAAACAGAAUUCGGAACAUCCGUUUACAAUGUUCGUGUAAUCGAUUUCUUACCGGUAAAUGAUGAAACAACAAGAACAACUGCCACAAACAAUAAUGGCCAACCGAAAUUCGACGUGGAAAGUGUAGACGACGACACAGACGUUAAACCAAACAACGAUGAUGAAUUAGACAAAGGAUCACCUGAGGAGCUGGACAAUAGCAACAAUGUAAUUGAUAUCAAUGGAGAUAUUGAUGAUGUUGAGAAUUUUGAACUUGACGACGAUAAUAACCAGCAACAGCAGUUACAAAACCACCAUCAACACCAUCAACAACUAUACCAGCACCACCACCACCAACAACAACAACAACCGCUACCACUUGAAGACGAAAAUUACACAAACAAUCGUCUGGAGGAGUUCAUGCCAAACAAUUCGCCAUCAGCAACAUCAUUGCCAGCCACGGAAAAUGCAUGGGAAUCGACUGAGAAUGAGUCGGAUGAGGAGAAUGCGAACGACGAGAACAUUUAUCUGAAUGAACAUUAUCCGGUCGAUUUAUCAAAUGAUAUUGCCAUAAAUCAAAUGGCGGCUGACCAAGGUGUUCCGUACGAUUCAGAUGCCGAAAUUUUUAGCUUCGAUGAACAUGUACAGCAUCCGAUAUCGACGGCAUACGAAUUCGUUCCGGUUGAUAUAAAAAAAUAGUUUUUUUUUGUUGAUGCACUAAAUUGUUGAAAAAGUUUUUUUUUACAUUUGAUCAUGAUGGGCUAACUGUUACUGUUAUUUAAUGCGAUAACUUCCAUAUUCAAGAAUAACUUUUUUACUAAUGAAAUAAGAUGUGCAUGCUGCAUCGGCACGCACCCACAUACUCACAAAUCCUUUUUUUGCCAAAGAAAAUUUCCUAAUUCAUUUGAUUCUCUUAAAAGUCAUUUUUUACCUAGAAAAA